AUGGCCGACCCGCCGCCCCGGGACGCGCACCCGGAGCAAUCCCCCGCCACCGAGAAGCCCCCCGCGGCGCCUCUGACACCCGAACCCGAGGAUGCGGCGGAGCAGGAUGUCGAGUCGGAGGUGGAUGAGGAGUACGUGAGCGACCCCGACGACGCUCUCCCGGAGAUGCGUCGUCGGGAGGCCAGCGACGACGAGGGGUCCGAGGAAGGUAGGCGGCCUCCCAGGGCGCGGAUCGACCCCGACCACGACGACGACGUCCAAGGUGCCCCGGAGGAUUACGAGGGCGAAGUGGAGGAGGACGAGGACGAGGAAUACUACGAUGAUUUGUUGGAUGAGGAGGAGGUGGGCGAGGGGCUCGAGGCGGAGUAUGAUGACCACGCGGUGCCGCCCAAGGAGGUCACCGCCGGCCAGGGGGAGGAGGGCGAGAAGCCUGGGGAGGAGGGAGCGGAGGCGGAGGUUGAGGCUGACGGGGAAGAGAAGAAGGAGCAGGAGCCGUUCGCGGUGCCCACCUCCGGCGCGUUUUACAUGCAUGAUGACCGGUUUCAGGAGGACGGCCGGGGCCGACGCAGGCGAAUGCUUGGUGGGAGGAAGUUAUGGGAUGCUAAAGACGAUCAAGCAUGGGUGCAUGACAGAUUUGAGGAGAUGAACGUGCAUGAGGAGCGCUAUGAAGAUAAGCGAAUGUCAAGAGGCCGUUUUAGAGGUCGUGGUAGUGGAGGUAGGACUAGAGGCACUGCCCGUGGAUUUUCAAGAGGAGGGAGGUACCACAGUUAUCACGAAGAUAGCGACAACCAAAAUCAGAGUGAAAACCAGAACCGGCCCCAAAAGAUUGUCCGCGGGAGAGGACCCAGACGUUAUGACACAAUUGCAAAGAACAACCGAGAUGUUGUCGGGUUCCAACGUAAACAACCAACAAGAUCUCGCGAACCGGCUGCUCAUUCUGCAGCGGCCAGAGAGCCUGGCCAAAUUUCAAAUGCACAUUCGGAAGCAGUUCCUGCUAAGAAGAAUGUUGUCAAUUCAAGCUUAAAUUCUGCGUCACCGCCAUUUUAUCCCUCUGGUGCCUCAAACCAAGUGGGAGCUCAAAGAAGGGACAUACAACCAGGAGGUUCAAAUAAGGUUCAUCCAUCUUCCAUGAAGAUGGAUGACAACAUGAAGCUACAAUCUGGUCCAGUAGUUAGAGGGAAAGGAACCACGGACUAUGGUGGACGAGAUAGGUUUCAUGCCGAGGGUCCUGUUAGACCAUCUCCUGCAAGAAGUGUAGGAGGAUCAUCAUACUCAUCAGGGUUUGCAUCAUCAUCAAUCAAUUCUGGUCAAUCCCCUAAUAACAGGGCUCAAGGGGGAAAUGCAAGCAUUGGUGUUCCUUCACAUAAUCGGCCCACACCAUCAUUUCAGCAAACUUCCAGGGUUUCUACGCAACAGCAAAAUCAUACCUCAAUUAUGCACCAGAAGUCAGGCCAAGCACCUAGUCAAGCUUCAAUGAGAAUCCCAACUCAGCAGUUGAGCCAUCGGACAGGCAAUGCUUCACCAAGUGCUCAGCACCUACCUGCUAGAUCAACUGAAAGUGACGAGAAUGGUUCAUAUCCUAGUUCAAAUCAAUCCAAGACAUCUGAGGUGGAAAAAACCAACAAAGAAACUGGACGGGGCUCUUUCAUGUAUGGUGGAGCCCAGGUUAUUGGGGCUGCUGGUCUUGCCCAGGGCGAGCAAAAUUUUCCUGGCACUCCAGCUCUCCUGCCAGGUCCUAUCUAUGAUUCUAGGCCUGACUUACCCGUGUGGUUCUUGUCAAGAUUCUCUGGUUCUCAGCAAGAUCAUCCUCCAUACAUGGCUUUGUCAAGAUUGUCUCGGAUAAGCAGGCUGAGGACGAGAAUGAGUCGCCCAUGGCUUUCUCCUCCACCUGCCCGUUCUUCCACUCGGAGGACUACAUGUUUCCUGCUCAAGCAUCACUGCCAUGUCGCUCCUGCAUACGGCACUGGCUGCGGCUAUCUCUGUCCAGCACCUGCAGGGCGCUUCCGCAAGCGACUCACCGGCAACCUGUUGCCACUAUUGGCUGGUGCAGCUGGGGCUUUUGGAGGAUCAUAUCCACCUUACAUUACCCUUGAUCCAAGCUUUUACUCUAGGUCUUCAGGACAGACGUCGUCGUCAGUUCCAUCCAGGGAAGGUAAUGUUAACCAUGGGGCUAAAUCUCCUCAAAACGAUAUUGUGACUGAAGAGCUUGAUCAGCGCCAGAACAAGCAUAGGAGGGAGUAUUUUUUGGACAAGAGCUGUGAGCUUAUUCAUGUCCUCUUGUACCGCAGAUACUCAGAGAUGAACUUCAGUCUUAUAGAUGCCUGCUCGUGCUGUAGUUAUCUGAUGGGGGUUGCUUCACAGCAGAGCAGGGGGUGCAUUUGUUGCUUGAGUUGUGAUAGUACCUCUAUAUAUGUGAGUGACAUUCAUAUCCCAGUAGACAUGGCUUCAAAGAUGGGUUUGAAGAAAGCUCUGCGUUGGAUGCCACGUUCCUCUGCCAGCCCCCGGCUGGAGGAAGACGAAGACAACAACGAGAGGAACGGGCUGCUGAGGAGCCACCGGGAUCAGAACCGGGUCGUGCCCGUGACGGAUCUCCAUGUUGACGAGCAACCCAAGGCAGGUGCGCAUGUGGAGCCCAAGACCGUGGCUCUGAAGGUGUCGAUGCACUGCCAUGGCUGUGCGAGGAAGGUCGAGAAGCAGAUCUCCAAGUUCCACGGAGUUGUGUCCAUCAAAAUAGAGCUGGGGAUGAAGACGGUGACCGUGGUUGGCAACGUGACCCCCAUGCAAGUCCUGGAGACCGUCUCCAAGGUGAUCAAGUACGCGCACAUUCUGCCGCCGCCCUAG